UAUGGAGAUAAUGAGCAAUAUAUUGAGUUGUUAAAGGAUGAUCAUCAGAGAAAGCUGUAUCAUACUUUGGCAUCAGUUACGGGCAGCUGAUUGAAAAUUGACUGAUAAUGCGGUGCUUUCUGUGGAUAUUUUUGGCACUGACAGUGGAAAUUUGCCAGUGUAAAUUGCCACUGGUAGUUACUUGGGUGAAUGACACAGGAUCGAGUCAUUCCCCUCGAAACAUGCAUCACAGAAGUAGCUUGGCAGGUAACGCUCAUCAAAUUAAUCGACAUCAAACAGUCCCCAUCAACUGGAGCUCUCGAAGAAGUCUCUCUCGAGCAUCCGAAAAUGUCCCCGUCCUUUUUAAUAGGCAAAACAUUUAUCCGUCAAAUCGGAACAGAGUGAAAAGUUCGACAGGUCUGAACGUUAACAGUGACAGAUCGUUUUCUGGACAAUGGGGAUCUCAGAAAAAAAUUGUACACAGAGAAGACACGAGAGAGAAACCAUAUUCUAGCAGCACCGCAUCGAGACUUUCUGAAGCACAAAAAAGACAAAUUGUGGAUUUGCAUAACAAGAUACGAAGAAGUGUUACACCUAGCGCAGCAAACAUGAAGAAAAUGAGCUGGGACACAACUUUGGAACAAAUGGCCCAAAAGUAUGCAGAAACGUGUUCUGGUACACACAAUGCAGACCGACAUAAACGGAAAUGGGCAAACUUCCGGAAUAUCGGCGAGAAUAUACAUCACACUUGGGAUUGGGUAGCAGAAUAUGAAGAUGGUGUCCUUGUCCAAAAGACACUACCUUUGAACAUUUCCAAAGUCCUGCACAGAUGGUGGGGAGAGAAAAAUAAAUAUGAUUAUCGGAAUCCUUACGGUUGUCCAAAGGGCUGUGGUCACUACAUUCAGAUGGUAAAGGAUGUUUCAUUUGCAAUCGGUUGUGGGACAUCCCUUUGUGAAACGGUAAAAGGACGUAAUUAUAAAAAUGCACACAUUUUCGUUUGCAACUAUGGAGACGGCUAUAACGAAUCUAUGGAGCCAUACUACGAAGGAACACCCUGUUCAGACUGUCCCACGGGGCACCCAGUGUGUAACCAGGGCCUCUGUGAUGUCCCCUGAACACUCAUAAGGCACUGUGAUAUAAACGAUUCUGUUAUUUUCAUUUACUGUUAACAAAAGAGGGCAGAAAUAAAACGGGUAAGAGAUAACCCAGUAUACAGAACUUAUGCUGAAACAAAACUACGGUCCAUGCCUAAAAGGUUAAAAUUUAAAAAGUAGAAAAAAAAAUAUAAUGGCAAAGUCCAUGUUUUGCUUUGGGAGACCUGAAAUAAGUGUCAAAUAAAAAGAUAAAGUAAG